GCCGGUGGUGGGGUAAGGCGGAUGGAGGCGGCCGGUGAGGCCCGGAGCGCGGCCCCGGCCCCGGCCGAUGAGGAGCCUCGCGCCAAGGCCCCGGGGGACCGCCGCUGCUCCUCCUCGGCCGAGGAGGCUGCGCUGGAAGUGAGUUGGGUUCAGGGAUUUUCAAAGAAGAACUUUGGCUUUAUCAACAAUCAAACUGUCUGCUACCCCUGUGGCAAUUACAUCCUCUUCCUGAACAUUGAAACAAAGAAGACGACAGUGCUGCAGUGUCAGACUGGCCAGGUGGGAGCCUUUGCAGCGAAUAGGAACAGUCAAGUGCUCGCCUUUUCAGACCGGAAGCUGAAUCCCGUCAUAUAUAUCUACACUUUUCCAGAACUGAAUAAACUGGCAGAAUUAAAAGGUAAUGCUCAGCUGGACUACACCUUACUUGCAUUUAGUUUCACAGGCCCAUAUGUAGCCAGUUACUCUUCAAUCCCAGAAUUUGUUCUUUCAGUAUGGAACUGGCAAGAAAAUAUCCUCCUGUGCAGUGAGACUCAGCCAGGGGUAACAGCAACCUCUUUAACGUUUAAUCCUAUGAAUUGGCAACAGCUGUGUUUUGUUAAUGAGAGCUCCCUUACUAUCUGGCAUAUUGAAAGGAAUAAUGAUGAGCAUCACCUUAAGCAAAACCCUGUGAAACUCCCUGAUGGACAAGGGUCUGUGAGUCCUCGUAAGGAUUUGUUUUUCCCAGUUUCUCAUAGUGAAGAUCCAUAUUAUGGCCCUGAUUUGCCAGUUUCAGCAAUUGCUGGACUGGUAGGAGAUGAAGCAGAAACAUUCAUGCCUAGAAAUUAUAUUAAGCCUUCAGUGCAUCCUACUGCCCACUGCUGGACUGCAACCUCAGAAAUUUACGUGGGCUGUAAAGAAGGAUAUGUUUUGGCAAUUGAUGCUGAGACAUGCAGUGUUUCUGUUCUUCAACAAAAACCUCUGCCCGAAUACAUGCGUAAAAUAUCGGACGUGGUGUCAUAUGUUCGUAGAGAAGUACAGAAAAAGAAAGGUGGCAAACCAAAGGAUCUGCAAAAACCAGUUUUAUUUGCCAUGGCAUUUUGUAACGAGGGACUGUAUGCAGCUGGAAGUGAGGGCAUUUUAUUCUUUUAUCACGUCAAAGGUCUGCAGUAUGAGAUGAAAAUCUGUGCUGAUAUCUUACAACCCAUAUCCAGCCUCAUAUUCUCUCCUGAUUACACCAUACUUCUGCUUGUGACUGACCAGGGGACAGUCUAUACUUACAAACCUGCCCAGAGUGGAGAAGUUGUCAAACUCUUGGAUGCAUGCAGCAGUUGUUUUCUGGCAGCUGAUUUUCUUACUCCAGGGAACAAGUACUGUGUGUCUGUAACAAUUUCAGGUGAAGUACAAGUUUGGCUCCUGGAAGAUGGAACUUGCCUCAGCAAGCUAAACAUUGAUAUUGAGGCAACUGCUAUGGCUUGCUGCCCCUCCUCCAACAGUGUUGCUGUAGGGACCAAAAGAGGUCAAAUCUAUUUCCUUGAUGUUACCAAAGUUGAAGCUCCACGAGUUGUUCACAGAAUUUUUCUUUCCAAAUUUCCAGUGCUGUCUUUGCAUUAUGACCAGAGUGGCCAGUUCCUCAUCGCUAGAGCUACAGAAGGACAUAUCUUUAUUCUAGAUGCCCGGCCUUCAAAAUUAUUCCAAGUUCUUGGAUAUGUAGUGUUGGCAGAUGAAGUGCUGGAUCUUUCUGUAGCUUCUGACUUCAAGAAUGACUUAGUUGAAGUGGUGGUACUUCUUAAAGUAGCAGAGGUCCAGCGAGCAACACUGGAAAUUUUUUGUCUAUCUUCAGCACUCACAACAGAUAAUGAUAAGUAUGUUAAUGCACAAGGAAUGCUUAAUGCUAGUGCCAUUAAAAAGGAGCAGUAUGAUCUGGAUUACCCUUUGAGCUCAGCAGUCAGAUUGAAGGAUAACAUUGUGUAUGGCUACUGUACCUGUGCACCUUUCAUCUGUAAAUACCAUCUCUCUGAAGAGAAUAUGUUGGAAGAUCCAUCAGUAUUUUUAUCAGAAAAGAGGACUCCUAGCAAUCAGUUUGGACCAGGUUUCCUCUGUUUAUCACCCAACAGCCGGUGGCUGGCGUCAGCAGCAAAGGAUGGUGUUUUGUUCAUCUAUCAUACUUUUACUAUGGAUAUACUUGCUCAAAAGCAUUCUCACUCAUAUCAAGGAGGGGGAAUCAGAUCCGUGGUAUUUUCGCUGGACGGCAAAUUUAUCCUCGUUAAUGGCGAAAAUGAUGGUGCCCUGGUGUGUCUGAAAUGGAAGAAGAUAAAGAAAACUGAAGUUAAGGAAGCUGCUUUUCACUGGCAGUCUCUUCUUGCUAUACUGAACAAGCCUACUUUGAAUGAAAAUAUUGUUUUAAAAUCUAUGGCAGAAUGGCAGUUUGACCCAGAAUCCACAUCGGAAUCACUUCCAGAAGAGAAAUUUAAGGAGGCACCAGUUAAAUCUUCCAAUGUAGAGGUGACAGAAGAAGAUGGAAACAUCACCAGUUUGUAUUCAGCCAGUACCAAUGACAUGACAUGGAUAGGUCAGAAAAUAAAGAAGGUCAUUAGAGAAGAGACUCAGAGGUUUGCUAACCAGAAGAAAGAGCUGCAAAUGGGAAUUAAAAAGCUGCGUAAAACUAUUCAGAAGAUGAUGCUUGAAAAUGAACAGGUGCCCGACAUUGAGAAACUGGAGCAGCACGAGUUCAACCUGGAUAUUGAGGAACAGGAGAGAGCACAAGCAGAGGCUGAACGAGAAGUGGCCAGGGCAAGGAAGGAAAUUGAAAUGGAGAAUUUAGCCAACCGCUAUUUGCAGGAUGUCAUCAAACAUGAGUGCUGGGAUGCUAUGUGUGUAAAAGGACGUGCAGUUAAGUGCUUCCGUAUGGCUUGUGAAGUGAAGAAUUAUCCACUGAAGGGACACAGUGAAGAAGAGCUGGAAACUUUGGAGAAAGUUCUUCGGUUAAAGAAGAUUGAGACAGCUGAUCUUAAGGUUCAGAAGAAAAAUCUUGAGACUGAGUCUGAGACUGUAUUACCUAAGGAAGAAGGAGAGAAGGCAGAAGAAGCAAUGGCUGAUGAUAGUGCAUCUGACUGCCUGAUUGGAAGUCUGAGCUCUCAGUAUGGUGGAGACACAUCUAUCCUAUACCACCAAUGGGACUUGCACACCAGGGAGCAGAAAGUCAAUCAGAUAGUAUUACUGAAGGACAUCAUUUACAAAGUGAAAACUGCUUUUAAUAAGGAAUUUGACAUAGUUGCACAACAAAAGGAGCAGGAGAUAGCACGAGUGAAAGAAAGAAACCUGAGGAUCCGAGAAAUCUUGGCACAACUUGACCUCCAAGUGGAAGUGUGGGAGCCAGCUCUUACAGAUGAUGAGAUACCAGAGCAAGCACUCACUGUUCAGGAUUCAGAGAUUAAAGUUGAAAAAUACUUGACUCAACAAGAGAGAGAGAAAGCAGAAAUGCUGGCUAAGCUUGAAAUGGAAAGACACCUUGCUGCUAUGGACAAUGAAAGACUGCGUGCUCUUAAUGACAUGAUGGGUGGAGUGCUAGAAAUAAAAAAGGAAGACAUCUUGAAAAUGGAUAUUCCUCCACCUCCUUUUAUAUCCAAGCCUGAGCAUGUUUGGAGUGAUGAAGAAAAGAAAAUAUUUAGAGAACAUGAGAAAAAAGUCAAGCAGCUGAAUGAAGAAAAAGAAAAUUAUAGAAGGGCACUGGAAAAUGAAUUGAAGAAACUUGAAGCUUCCAUCCAGGAAACAACACAAAAUUUUGAUGAGACUGUGUGCAAACUCUCUGAAAGGAAAGUGAAAAUAGAGAUGGUCAUCUAUCAGGAAGAACUCAAAAUAGUCAAUCUCAUUUAUGCUUUACUGUUGGAUGAAGAGUUGGACACUAGAGAAGUUGGACUUCAUAAUUUCCUUAUGAAAAAGGAGAAAGACAAAGUCAAGACUGCAAGAACAAUUCAGACUACAAAAAAUAAAAUUGAAGCUUACAUAGACACCUAUGAAAAUGCAAUUGUUGAAGAGAAGAAUCUGGAAUGUGGUUUUACAAAGGAGUUUGCUGAUGUACCGGCGAAUCUCUUUGAUGAACUUUUCCAACUUUACAAACAUCGACCAAAGACCCCAAUGACAGAAAUACUCCAUGACACAGCUAACCCGUAUGGGGAUGGUUCAGGCUCAGCUGAAGAUUACAAAGAUGCACUUACCCUUUUAAUGAAAGCCAUGGACAAACUGGAUAGUCCUGAGCACAUGCCUAAUGGCUUAGACCUGCCUAUGUGGGAACAUUUUUGUCUAGCUAGACGAAAUAAAAUGGAGAGUGAGGAGCUGGUGAAAUGGAUGGCCCUAACACUGGCAGAGAUGCAGGCCUUUCUCCAGAGAAGAAUGGAUGACAAUGAGAAGAUUAAGUCAGAAAUAGAAGACAUUUUCCAAGAACUCACUUGGCUGCAGGAGGAGAAGAUGAAACUUCAAUUGAAUUUGACUGUCCAGUUUUUGUUAAAACAAGGACAGGUAGAAUUGGAAAGUACUGAGAUCCCAGACUACAGUGAUGCCAUUCUUAUUAAUAAGAGUGUUAUUGAAGAACUGAAUUGCUCUAUCAUGGCUCAAGGACAAAAAAAAAUUGCUAGCAUGGUGGAAUGUAAAGAAUUCUCUAAAGGGAUAUUUCAGCUGGAAUGGGAACACAAGAAAAUGAGAAUGCAGAUAGACGAUCUGAAACAGAAGGCUCGGGAUAUUGUAACACUACCUAUUUCAAAAGAUCGCCAGCUAUUCCUCACUGUGCUGAACUACGACAGCCGCAUCGCCCACCACAUUUCAGUGAUGGAGGAGACUCUUGGCAUCAUGGAUAAGCUGCACAAGAAGAAUGUGAAGAACCGUCAGAAAAGAAUUAAAGAGUUGGAGAAGUGCAUCAGUUUAAAAGAGGAAGCAAACUACGAGCUCAGCCUGGAGCUGAAAGAAAUGCUUGUCUCUGUUUCAGAAAGGAGGCAUAUCUUUGAGGCAGCUGACACACGGCAUGUUUCUGAAAAGAUUGCAAAGCAGCGUUACCGAGAGAUUUUGAAGCAGAAACACCUACGGGGUCUUGUAAAGGAACAGGAAGAACAGUUUGAAAUUCUUCAGGCAGAAGUUGAAAGGCUGAAAUCAAGAACAUUUCCUAUUCUUUAAAAAUCAGAGUCCAGGUAGAUGUAUAAUACCAUGGUUUUUCUAAGAAAAAAAGCUUGGACGUCUACCUUUUGUCCCUGAACUUUUCUUUCCACAAACAAUUUCUUCUGUAACUGCUUUAAAAACAACUUCAGUUUGAAGGAUGCAUGUUUGUCUGUUUUGUACAUUUUAUACCUAGUCUUAUCCCCAUCACAUUUCAGUUCAUGUUUGAUUAUAUAAACCAUAUAGCUCAUUACAUAAAACAAAGGGUACAAGAAAAUGUAGACUGAUAGAAGAACCAGUGUAUUUGUGUACCCUUAGUCUGCAAUAUGCAAUUAUAGAACAUUUUGAAGGUAAAGUACUGCAAGAAAUCUAUGAAUUUGCAUCUGCUAAAAUUCAUGUCUGUGGCUUUGACUUCGUUUUGCUUUUUAAAAUAUAUUUACACCUGUGAUGGCACAGGUGUAGGUUGCUGAGAAGAUGAAGGUAUGCUUCAACACGACCAUGUGUGCUACCUGGCCCAGUCCUGAAAGCUGCUGCACCUUAUGAUAGCAUUAUUACCCACAGCCACCAGUAGCUGUGGCUGCUUCCACUGGCAGAAUCAUAGGAAAAUGAGGUUUGGAAGCAUCUGGCCUCCUGAAAUAGUUGCUGCUAUCUCCCACCCCUUUGCAUUGAUAUGCAGUAUAUUCUCCUGCCAGAUCUCUCCAAGACAACUAAGAAAGAUAAAGAACCCUUCAUAAAAUUAACUACUGCUGGAGACUGAUCUACCUACUCAGGUAUUCUCACCGAUUUUUAUUUCCCUCUUCCAUGGUGUGUUGAUUCUUCUCCUCCUUUCAUAAAUUCACAUAAAAUCUAAACUCAUUCCAGUGCGAGACCAUUAAUAGCUUUUUUAACAAAAUUCUACACUUGUAAGUAAAACUACUUCUGUUGUGAUCUUGUACACAACCUCCUUACAGCUGUACACCACCUCCUUUUUUGCUUUAUCAUCUCUAACUGGGGUCUGUAAGGAUUCUAAUUAUAUCUUCAUUCUUCUUACAAGACUUUUUUCUUCCUGCUGAAACUUCCCUAGAAGCAGCAGAGUUCCAAAUUUGCCAAGGAUCCCUAGGGGAGAGAACCACCCCCUUCACCAGGCACCAUCAUCUUUUUUUACUAAGCUAAGAGGCAGAAGAAAUAGUGUCUUAAUACUGAAACUACGAUUAGGUUGUUCUUCAUUAAUUUGCUGUGGACAGCAAGUCAGUAUUCUUAAGAGCAAGUUGUGGGUACAAAUUUAAGUCUAAUGAGCCCUAUCAAUGUUAAAAGGGUCCGUAUGAUCUCUGAUUUUCUUUCCCUUAUGAGAAUAAAGGCAGACAGAAGUCACCACGCUAUAUGCACAGACCAUGAUGAGUAAAUAAGUAAUUUCAAGUUAAGAUAAAAAAAAAAAAAAAAAUUUUAAAAAGGCAACAUUUAUUGGAGGAUAAAUGAAAUGCUUAAGUUUGAUUCAGCUUUAGGAUGCUGUAGUUGAAGCACUCCCAUUAGACAAGGCCAUGUUUUUCUUAUUUAUUUAAAGAGAGAAAACACCUUGGCUCUCACAUGAAGUAGUAGAGUAGACAGAUGUUGGUUGCAAUUUUCUUG